GGUGUUUCUCUCUUCACUGGCUCUCUCUCUCUCUCUGAAUGAAUUAUAGAGAUAUUUGUAUUUAUAUUGUAGCUUGAGAGCUCUCUCGUCGUCGUCGUCUCCAGCUUCCACCAUGGGUGGCGAUAAGCCUAUCAGCCUCGAGGAGAUCAAAAAUGAGUCCGUUGAUCUGGAACGGAUUCCAAUUGAGGAAGUGUUUGAGCAGUUGAAAUGUACAAGGCAGGGUCUAUCAGCAGAGGAAGGAGCCCACAGGCUUCAAGUUUUUGGACCAAACAAACUAGAAGAGAAAAAGGAGAGCAAACUUCUCAAGUUCUUGGGUUUCAUGUGGAACCCAUUGUCUUGGGUCAUGGAAGCUGCUGCUCUCAUGGCUAUUGCCUUGGCAAAUGGUGAUGGAAAGCCUCCGGAUUGGCAGGACUUUGUUGGUAUCAUUGUCCUUUUGCUGAUCAACUCUACAAUCAGUUUUAUUGAGGAAAACAAUGCUGGCAAUGCAGCUGCAGCACUUAUGGCUGGUCUUGCUCCCAAGACUAAGGUCCUGAGAGAUGGUCGAUGGAGUGAACAAGAUGCUUCGAUUUUGGUUCCCGGAGACAUUAUCAGCAUUAAAUUGGGAGAUAUUGUUCCUGCUGAUGCUCGUCUUCUCGAGGGUGAUCCUUUAAAAAUUGAUCAGUCUGCUCUGACUGGAGAAUCCCUUCCUGUCACUAAGAACCCCUCAGAUGAAGUGUUUUCUGGCUCAACAUGUAAACAGGGUGAAAUAGAAGCAGUCGUGAUUGCCACUGGUGUCCACACCUUUUUCGGUAAAGCUGCCCAUUUGGUAGACAGCACCAAUCAAGUUGGGCACUUCCAGAAAGUUCUCACUGCAAUUGGUAAUUUCUGUAUAUGUUCAAUUGCUAUCGGAAUUAUCAUUGAGAUUAUAGUGAUGUACCCAAUUCAGCAUCGCAAGUAUAGGAGUGGAAUUGACAAUCUACUGGUUCUCUUGAUUGGAGGAAUUCCUAUUGCCAUGCCAACUGUUUUGUCUGUCACGAUGGCUAUUGGUUCACACAGGCUCUCACAGCAGGGUGCUAUUACAAAGAGAAUGACUGCCAUAGAGGAAAUGGCUGGCAUGGAUGUUCUCUGCAGUGACAAAACGGGUACUCUAACCCUGAAUAAGUUGACUGUUGACACAAAUUUGACUGAGGUAUUUGCAAAGGGUGUGGAGAAAGAGCUUGUUAUGCUUCUCGCAGCAAGGGCCUCUAGGACUGAAAAUCAAGAUGCCAUUGAUGCUUGUAUUGUAGGGAUGCUUGCAGAUCCAAAGGAGGCAAGAGCUGGUAUCAGAGAGGUUCAUUUCCUUCCAUUCAAUCCUGUAGACAAAAGGACCGCUCUGACCUACAUUGAUGAAAAGGGAAACUGGCAUCGUGCUAGCAAAGGUGCUCCUGAGCAGAUUAUAACCCUUUGCAACUGCAAGGAGGAUGUUAGGAAAAAGGUUCAUGCAGUGAUUGAUAAGUUUGCUGAACGUGGACUUCGAUCUUUAGGUGUUGCCAGACAGGAAGUACCUGAAAAAACAAAAGAGAGUCCAGGGGGACCAUGGCAGUUUGUUGGUUUGUUGCCUCUGUUUGAUCCUCCUAGGCAUGACAGUGCAGAAACCAUCAGAAGAGCACUUAACCUUGGUGUGAAUGUCAAGAUGAUUACUGGGGACCAGCUUGCCAUUGCCAAGGAAACAGGUCGUAGGCUUGGAAUGGGAACAAACAUGUACCCCUCUUCUUCAUUGCUCGGCCAAGACAAGGAUGUUUCCAUUGCAGCCCUCCCUGUAGAUGAGUUGAUUGAGAAGGCUGAUGGAUUUGCUGGAGUUUUUCCAGAACACAAAUAUGAAAUUGUGAAGAAGCUGCAAGAGAGGAAGCACAUUUGUGGAAUGACAGGAGAUGGUGUCAAUGAUGCCCCUGCUUUAAAGAAGGCAGAUAUUGGAAUUGCUGUUGCUGAUGCAACUGAUGCUGCUAGAGGUGCUUCGGACAUUGUCCUCACUGAACCAGGUUUGAGUGUCAUUAUAAGUGCUGUGCUGACUAGCAGGGCUAUUUUCCAAAGGAUGAAGAAUUACACAAUCUAUGCAGUUUCAAUCACUAUUCGUAUUGUGUUUGGAUUCAUGUUUAUUGCUUUGAUAUGGAAAUUUGACUUUGCACCAUUCAUGGUUCUAAUUAUUGCCAUCCUAAAUGACGGUACAAUCAUGACAAUAUCAAAGGAUAGGGUGAAGCCAUCUCCAAUGCCAGACAGCUGGAAACUGAAAGAAAUUUUUGCUACUGGCAUUGUUCUAGGAGGUUACUUGGCCCUGAUGACAGUGAUAUUUUUUUGGGCUAUGAAAGACACAACCUUUUUCUCAGACAAGUUUCACGUGAGGCCAUUGAAAGGAAAUGAUGAAGAAAUGAUGGCAGCCUUAUACCUUCAAGUUAGUAUUGUAAGCCAGGCCCUAAUUUUUGUCACAAGGUCUCGCAGCUGGUCCUUUAUUGAACGACCUGGCCUUCUCUUGCUUGGUGCUUUUGUAAUUGCUCAGCUGAUAGCAACUUUCAUAGCAGUAUAUGCAGAUUGGGGUUUUGCACGGAUAAAAGGAAUGGGCUGGGGUUGGGCCGGUGUAAUCUGGCUUUAUAGUCUUGUAACAUAUUUCCCACUUGAUAUCCUCAAAUUUGCAAUCCGCUACAUUCUGAGUGGAAAGGCUUGGGAUAAUCUUUUGGAGAACAAGACUGCCUUUACUACAAAGAAAGACUAUGGAAAAGAAGAGAGAGAAGCACAAUGGGCAGCUGCACAGAGGACCCUGCACGGUCUUCAACCACCUGAAACCAGCAACCUUUUCACUGAGAAGAGUAGUUACAGGGAGCUUUCAGAGAUAGCAGAGCAAGCCAAGCGACGUGCUGAGGUUGCAAGGUUAAGGGAGCUGCAUACCCUGAAGGGGCACGUCGAAUCAGUGGUUAAGCUGAAAGGACUGGACAUUGAUACAAUCCAGCAACAUUACACAGUUUAAAGAGCUAAGUUAGUCUUCCUUAGAGAGAACUCAUCAAAGUGUUAUGUUCUCCCAGAGAAAGCCAACAAUGAUGACGAACGAAGCCUUAAACUUUAAUUUCUAGUUUAGAGCGAUAAUUAAUCCUUUUGGUUCAUGUCAAUUAGUUACUAAAGCUUGUUGUCUCUCUGACAAGUUCAGAUGAAGAGCGCUGUUCUCUUUUUAAAAGCCAAAUAAUAUCAUUUGCACAGUUUCAUCC